AUGUCUAUUGUUAGCCAGGGUGAUAAAUUUCUUCUCCAUUGGUUGGAUCUCUCAAGAGCUCAUCGUAUAUUAUGGCUCUUAGAAAUCCUAGAAUUGAAUUAUGAUGUUAAGGUUUACCUCAGAGAGGAAACCACUUGGAGAGCACCAGCGGAAUUAGCACUGGUUCACCCAUCAGGAAAGUCGCCAAUCUUAGAGAUAUUCCAUGCAGAUGGAAGUCCUCCCCUUAAAUUAGCAGAGCUGGGUUACAUAAUUCAAUACUUGAUACAAAACUAUGACAUCCACAAGAUUUUAACUCCUUCAGAUCCGAGAGAUCGAGAACGGGUAAACUAUUACCUACACUAUUCUGAAGGAACUCUACAGAAUCUUUUAGUGUCAAUAUUGGUUAAUAACGUAGCAAGGCAAUUAGCUCCUACAGGAACAAAAUUUGUAGCGAAAUUUGUCACCAACGCCAUUAACUCCGCUUAUUAUGUACAAGAAUGGAAGUUAAACAUGGACAAUUUGGAGUAUGCCCUUCGAAAAGAAGGUACUGGAUAUUUUGUGGGUAAGCAUUUAACUGCAGCUGAUAUUAUUUUGAGUUUCCCCAUAUAUGAGAACGUAUUUGAUAACGAGGAAGAAGUGCAAAAGUUUAGCGGAAGAAAGAUCAAUCUUUCAAAAACUUACCCUAAUUUAUACGCUUGGAGUAGCAUGGUCAGAGAUGAUCCAUUAUAUAUUAAAAUCGACGAACAGAUGGAAGAUUUGGUUCGGGAAAAGAUUGCUAAAGAAGCAGCAAGAAAGAGAAGAAGGUAA